GCUCCCUGACCUUUUCCCGCCCUUAGCGCGUCCCCUCCCAACAUGGCCUCACCCCUGACCUCCUCAACAUGGCUGCCGGUUCUCUGUUUUUUUUCCCACCCCCUCAGAAAUCACAGCGCUGUAGCUGGGCGUAUUUCGCCCUCACUGCAGCGCUCUGUCUGCUGGCCCACCGUCGCUACGCCGGCCUGCCCGGCCCUAGCGUGAGAAAGGGGAAUCCCUUCGCUACCUUCUCAAGAUGGCCGCCCGCUCUUCCUCCCCGACCGUCCCCACAAUGGCGGUGGAAGCAGGGAGGCGUGGCUCGCCCCUCCCAAGAUGGCGGCGCCGAGAGAUGCGAUGUCGGCGGAGGGGCCGCGCAGCCUGCAGGCGCUGAGCGCGGCGGCCGUGAGCCGCAGCAUGGCGGCCCUGGAGCCCGACGUCUGGGCGCUGCCCGGACACCUCCUGCGGGGGCUCCUGCCGCUGCUCUCCGUGUUCCGUCUGGAGCGAGCCGAGGCUGCCGCGCGGAGAGCAGGGCUGUCCACGCAGCCCAUCUGGCGCAAGCUGUGGGACGACGUGAUGAAAACCAGGCCCCCCAACUCAGAGAAUAUACCCUGCUGGAGGAAGAAGUUCUUUGAAACAUUCUUCUCAAAUGUUCUUCACGGUGUCUUGGAUGUUUCCUCUGACUGGCGUCUCAAUGACCAUCAUUUCUCACCGCUGCUCCACAGCUCACCUCAUGUUAGCCAGCUCACUCUGUGCAACAUGCUGCAGGGCGCGGUGGAGCUCGCUGCAGAGCACAACCAAAAAGUUCUUGAGAACCUGGCUGGCUCAUUGCGGAUCCUGAAGUUCCAGCACCUCCUCUCCUCUGACCACUCCAUCAGGCGUUCACUGGUUUUACUCCUUCACCGGCUGAUUCACCAUGGCUCUGUUAGCCAUGUGUCCAUGUGUGCCUGGCCUGUGCCUGACACAGUUCUUCUUGUUCUCAUUUUGAGCAUGAGUGCUGGGUUUUGGCGGUCAGGAAAUGCUCUUACAUAUCACAGCAGCCCGUGUGGCCUUUGCAGAGAGGAGGGUGAUGCUCAAAGCCAGAAGUCAACACCAGAGCAACCUGAGAAGGGCUGCUGCAGUGAGAGGGAGUGGAGUGAUGGUGAGCACCAGAAGGAAUCCCCUAGAGCUCUAGAGAAGGCUGAUAUGCAAGCAGAGGUGAAUGGACCAGUGGCUGGCACUGGCCAGAACACUGCCCUCUCUGGACUGAAUUGUUGUUCUUUGGAGAACCAAGCAUGUGAGGAGGCAAACAUCAAGGUGUGCUGUGACCACACGAGCAGACAAGGAGGGUCUUCUUGCUUCUCAGAACAGCUGUCCCAUCGCUCUGUUCUUCGAAAGUCACGCAGACGGAUCAAAUCUGCAGUAGGGAAGAAACGCCGCUGCCUCAGACGAAGCAGGGGACUUUGUGCUGACCUGGAUGACCUGUAUGAUUUUGUUUUUACUGUUGCUAGAGAGGACAGCUCAGUGUCAAUUGACCAAAACACCAUAACAGAGGGAGAAAACGCUGAUAACUGGACUAGUUCCUCCACAGGAUCUCCGUGCUGCAGCCACGCUGGCUGUAAAAGAAGAGGAGGAUCUACUGGGAUCUUUUCUCUAAAAGCUGCUCAUCGCUUCCGAAGUGUGUCCACGCUGGAACUGUUCUCCAUUCCUUUGACUGGUGACACGUGUCGGACUCUGAGUAACCUGCUAAGUUCCUGGGUGUCUUUAGAAAAUCUGGUUCUGUCUUACAAUGGCCUGGGUGCUAACAUCUUCUGCAUCCUCUCUGGGCUCCGGGCCCUCUCCCAACACUCGGACUGCUGCCUCCGUGUGCUGCGUGUGAGUGAUGUCUUUUCCCACAUGCCCUGCAUGGAGCUUGUUCGCUGCAUCCUGAGUGUCUUUCCCCGGCUCCACACACUCUCAGUCAGCUUUGACCUUAAAAACCAACUGGAGGGAAACAGGCCAGAGGGGAAUCCAAGCUGCAGUGAUACAGAAAUCCCAGAGUGUUGCCUGGAGCAGCUGGAGAUCCGAUUCCCCAGGGAGCCUCUGCACACUGCAUUCCUGCUGCCAGUGCUUAAGGCAUCAAAGUCCCUUCAGCAGUUGUCCCUUGACAGUGCCACACUGCCUUCGUCUCUGGAGCUUGGGUUCCUUUUGCAGGCACUCAAAGAGUGUAAUCCAAACUUGAAGAAGCUGAGCUUUCACGAUGUGAACCUGGCUGAUCACCAGAAAGAAGUUCUGCUUUUGCUUCAGGAUCCCAUGCUACAAGAAAUAACGUUCUCUUUCUGCCGGCUAUUUGAAAGCUGCACUGCUGAGUUUUUGUCAGAAAUAAUCAAUACAGUAAAGAGAAAUUCAUCUUUGAAGAGCCUCAAACUGCCUGGGAAUCGCCUUGGAAAUCAUAGGCUGGUUGCCCUGGCAGAUAUUUUCUCUGAAGAUUCCUCCUCUUCUCUUUGCCAACUGGAUGUCAGCUCAAAUUGCAUCAAACCUGAUGGGCUCCUGGAAUUCACAAAGAAGCUGGAAGGCUACAUCCAGCAGAGAGGGGGAAAGAUUCAAUUCACUCACUUACGGCUCUUUCAAAAUUGGCUGGAUCAGGAUGCUGAAACAGCUCAAGAAGCACUUCGGCGUCUCAGAGCAGUGUGCAGUGUGGUCAAUGACUCAUGGGACUCUUCUCAGGCCUUUGCUGACUACAUCAGUGUCAUGUAAAGGACACAGGGCAAGAGAAUGCUGAUCAGCUUGAACUGAAACACUUCAGUCCACAGCCACUAAAACUUAUCUUAGCACAUAUGGCGGUUUUCUUCUCCUGGUUCAAGCAGGGAACAGUUCUUGUCACUUUUCUGUUCCUCUGAAGAGGUACACAGUAAAGUGAUAUAGGUGACCAUUUGGGUAUUUCCAGUUAAGCUCUUAUCUUCUCCAUUUAACUGGGACAGAUACACUAAAUAAGCUUCUGUGAUAUCCUGCAGACCUCUGGACUGGGGUUUUUGUAUGGAUUUCAUGUUGUACCCAAUAUCAUAUCCAUAAAUAUCUCCACCUCUAGAGACACUUAAAAGCUGUCUGAAUAUGGACCCUGACCAGCACACCUAGGUGAUGCAGCUACUGAGCACUGGGGUUGAAGAGGAUGACAUCCAGAGGUCCCUUUCAACCUCAGCCAUUCUGUUAGUCUGUGAUCCUUUAAAUAAGAACUUCUCCCUCCACUUACAAUGAGUAGGGAAAAAAAAACUUAAAGCUCCCCACUUCAACCUUUUGUUUACCAUAUAAAAAAAGUUGCAUACAAAUACUCUGCUGUUUCUUAGCAAUCAUUUAUCAAGGUAUCUGGAAAAAUGACUGGUCUUGCCCCUAUCCACUGUCUGCAUCUUUUUUUCAGAGGCUUUGAAUAGUUGUUUUUUUUUGUAACAUUUUUAUAAUAAAAACAGAA